UUAAUUAAUGACCGAAACUUGAAAAUUAAUCACUGUUCAGAGUUGAAUAGAAAGAAAGAUAGCUAGAGAGAGGAAGAAGAACAGUGAAAUUCUUCUUCUCUUUCUCUAAUCAAAUUCAUAAUUCUUGAUUGAAUCUCUCAUGUGACAUUUCUACCCUCCUCCGCUCAAUUUCAAUGGCCGAUCACUCAGAAUCAGACACCUCUCCUCUCGUCCCACCUCUUCCUCCCGUCGAUCCUUCCUCGAUCGACCUCGAAGCCGGUCCUUCCGAACAAAUUCAGUGCCGGAUUUGUCUCGAAACUGAUGGUAGGGAUUUCAUAGCUCCUUGCAAGUGCAAAGGUACUUCAAAAUAUGUUCAUCGAGAGUGUUUGGAUCAUUGGCGAUCUGUCAAGGAAGGAUUUGCAUUUGCUCACUGCACUACCUGCAAGGCUCCAUAUCAUUUGCGUGUUCAUGUUGCUGCUGAUAGGAAAUGGAGAACCUUGAAAUUUCGUUUUUUCGUCACCAGAGAUAUUUUGUCUAUUUUUCUGGCUGUCCAGCUUAUUAUUACCUCACUGGCAUAUUUGGUUUAUCUGAUAGAUGGUUACCAGCAAAAUUGGCUUCGUAUUCUCUGGGGUUUUGAUAGUGCACUGAGCUUCUAUUAUAUAUGCGGAGCCCUAUUAUUUUUUGCCUUGCUUGGCCUUUCUGGGUGCUUCAUUACUUGUUAUGAUCGAAGAGUUCGCAAUGAUUUGGCUCAACCUUGUAGAGAAUUAUGUCUUUGUUGCUGUCAACCUGGAGUUUGCGCUGACUGUCAUUUGCCAGGCACUCUUUGUUUGUGGACUGAUUGCACUGCAUGUUUUGAGGGCUGUGGAACCAUGGCAACAGAAUGUGGUGGUUGUUUGGGAGGUGCUGGGGAAGCAGGGCUACCAUUACUAUUCAUAAUGGCUUUGAUUGUUCUGGGACUUUUUACAGUAAUUGGGAUAUUUUACAGUGUAUUGGUGGCAACUAUGGUGGGUCAACGGAUAUGGCAACGUCACUAUCACAUACUUGCUAAAAGGAUGUUAACAAAGGAGUAUGUUGUUGAAGAUGUUGACGGAGAGAUGACAGGGUCUGAUUGGUCUCCCCCAGCCCUCCCAACUGAGCAUGUUCAACAAUUGAAAACAUUGGGCCUCUUAUGAGUUUGAAUGAGUCAUCAUCUCUUUUAUGACGAGAAUGACCGUAAAAGUAGACUCGCCCUUCCUUUGUUUUCGUAGGCUGUCCUUUUCGUGAAGAUCUGCAGUUGAUUGAUAACUGUUAAUUAAUAGCCGCUCAAUUCAGUUUGAUUACAGUUUUACACUUGUGUCGAAUUUCUGAUACAUGGAAAUUUGUUAAUUUCUGAUCUGUAUACUAAUGUAAAGAAAAUGGAAGAGGAUCUUUGAAUGCUGAAUAACAUAUUACAGGUAUAUCAUUGCCACUUACUCCUUGAUA